AUGGCGACGGGCCGCGGCAGGGCCCUGCGGCGCUUUGCUGCCAGGCCUGGAGAAUGUUCUGAAACUGUAAAUGCUAGAAUUAAAAGUAUGUCUUUGAUGCCUUCCAUGAAACUGAAACCUAAUUUGUGCAUUGAGAGCAUGCCAUCAGAAAUGCUGAUGAAGAUAUUUUCCUACUUGGAUGCUGUGUCCCUGUUGUGUGUUGGUUGUGUGAAUAAGCGCUUCUAUCAUAUGGCCAAUGACAAUGGAAUCUGGCUGAAAAUCUAUUCCAGUUGUUUUCAACCAAAAAGGACAAUUUGGAAAAUGACGUCUGAACAAACAGAAACUGUUUCCUUGGGCUGCGCUGCUGCUCUACAUGAUGAAAAGCCUGGGUACUGGAAAAAAGAAUACAUCUUCAAACAAAUAGCUGCUCUCAAAACUAGAGUAAUGCGACUUGUUAAACCUGUAGAUCCUUAUACAGGUCUUCCAUGUAAAAACAAAGAAGCUAUGAAAGCCUCUGGCUUGAGUUGGAUAAUUGUUCUAAAGGACAAAAAUGGAAAGGAACAUGUAAUGGAGAAGGCAAAACUAUCAUUUAAGCAUACAUCUGCUACUAUACUUUGGUAUACUACAAAUUGGCCAUGCUUAGACAUCCUGUCAACCCUAAAACUGUUCGGAGUUAUGCCAUUGCUUCCUGACCAAAGCAGAGCUCCCAGCAAGAACGGACCUCGUCGACGUUCCUUAGUUGCUGAAUACCAUCUUGCUAACCUGACUGAAAGUAGUGUAGCUGUUGGUGCUGAUAAUCUUGUCCAGCUCUUCAGUCUGAAUCCAGGACUCUUAGUAGGACUUUGGAAGGAGAAAAAUGAAAUUGCUUUUGUUAUGGCAAGUCUUCAUUAUCAUCAACUUCUUGAGAGAAGCACUUUGGGUUCUGCUACUGUUCAGUAUGCCCUUCCACCUAAUCAACCUGUAUUGGAUGAUGUUGACCCAGAAUAUGGACUGCAUGACUACAAUCUACAUCUCGAUAUGCACGGUGGAAGCUGCACCUACCUGUGUGGAACGUUCAAGAGCCUCUUCUGCAGAAAAGGUGACAUUGAAAAUGGAUAUUUGAGGCUCACAGCUGUAAGCUUAAAGGAUAAUACAAAGCACUUACCUCUUAUUGGGACAGUUGGCUUAUCCUGGGAAACAGAUGUGUUUAAAGGCAAUGUAAAGGACUGCUGCGUGAUGGAUGUUACUCUCUUGGAUGAAACUGGAAAGCCCUUCUGGUGUUUCAGUGCCCCAGUCUACAUGGAACUAUCUUCCAAGGCAUCCAGCCUUUAUGACUACAUGGGUCAUAUGUAUACCAUAGACUAUGCAGAUUCAGAGGGUAAAGUCUGUAUUGAGUUGGUAUGGUUGGAAGAAACCAAGGAGUAUUUUAUAGUCAAUUUGGUGCUUUAUAUAAGCACCAAAAAGGUAAAUAACUGGUAUGGAACAAAUUACUGA